GUGAUCCUGGGGGAGCUGAGGGGGGGUCCCGGCCCCGCCCAGGUGGUGCUGAAGGAGCUGCGGGCGGGGGCCGGGACCCCCGAGAGGAGGCGAUUCCUGGCCGAGGCCGAGCCCUACAGGACGCUGCGCCACCCGAACCUGCUGCGCUGCCUGGGCGGGUGCCGGGAGCGCCCCCUGCUGCUCGUCUGGGAGUUCUGCCAGCUGGGUGACCUGAAGCGUUACCUGCGGGCGCAGCGGGGGCAGGGCGUGGCCGGGGGCGUGGCCUGGGCAGGGGGCGUGUCCGGGGGCGUGUCCGGGGGCGUGGCCGCCCCGCCCCCCCGCGCUUUGGGGACCCUGCAGCGCCUGGCCCUGGAGGUGACGCGGGGGCUGCGCCACCUGCACCGCCACGGAUUCGUCCACAGCGACCUGGCCCUCCGGAACGUUCUGCUGACGUCGGAGCUGACGGCGCGGAUCGGCGACUACGGCCUGGGCCCCGCCCACUACCGGGAGGAUUACUACGUGACCCCCGAGCGCGCCCUGGUGCCCCUGCGCUGGGUGGCCCCCGAGCUGGUGACAAAGGGACCCCGGGGGAGCCUCCAGGUGGCGCCGCAGAGCCCAGAGAGCAACGUCUGGGCCCUGGGCGUGACCCUGUGGGAGCUCCUGGAGUGGGGGGCUCAGCCCCUCCCCCACCUGUCGGACCUGCAGCUGAUUGGGCGGCUCCGGAGCGGCCACGCCCCGGAAAUGGCCCCGCCCCGGGCGGCGCUGCCACCGGCAUGGUCGGAGCUGCUGCGUUCGUGCCGCCUGCCCGCGGCCCAGCGCCCGACGCUGGAGCAGCUCCACGCCCGCCUGUCCUCGCUGCUGGCCCGGCCGUGUCCCCAACUGUCCCCAACGGUGCCACCCCCAAUGUCCCCAACGCUGUCCCCAACGCUGUCCCCAAUGUCCCCAACGCUGUCCCCAAUGUCCCCAACAAUGUCCCCGUUCCCGCUGCUGGAGCCGCUGCCGGACGCUGGGGGAGCCCCGGCCCCACAGCGCCCGUGGGGGAGCCAAAAGGGUGGUGAUGAUGUCACUGAUGACGUCAUCGGUGACGUCACCCAGCCGUCCCCGCCCCCCGGGGUCCUGCCCGUGCUGGGGGCUCGGAGCCCCUCGGGGGCGUCGGAGUUUUUCGUCAGGUUGGAGGAGCAGCACGGGGCGGCGGUGACGUCAUCGGUGACGUCAUCAGUGACGUCAUCAGUGACGUCAUCGGGGGUGGCCAAAGAGCCGCCCCACCCAGCAGCGUUGUCACCCCCAGGGGGCGGUGGGGGAGGAGGAGGCGGCAGUGACGUCAUCAUCGGUGACGUCAUCGGUGACGUCACGGUCGGGGAGGUUUUGUCGCCCGAAGUGGACAUCAACCCAGGACCGGCCAUCGUUGGGUCAAGAACGGACAUUGGGCCAAGAGAGGUCAUCGUUGGGUCAAGAGUGGACAUUGGGCCAAGAAUGGUCAUCGUUGACCCAAGAGAGGUCAACGUUGGGUCAAGAGCGGUCAAUGUUGGGUCAAGACCGGACAUUGACCCAAGACCGGUCAUCGUUGACCCAAGACUCAACAUUGAGCCAGGACCGGUCAUCGUUGGGUCGAGAGUGGACAUUGACCCAAGACCGGUCAUCGUUGGGUCAGGACUGGUCAUCGUUGGGUCAGGACUGGUCAUCGUUGACCCAAACAAGGUCAACGGCCCAAGGCCGGACAUUGACCCCAGACCGGUCACCGUUGGGUCAAGAGUGGACAGUGACCCAAGAUUGGUCAUCGCUGACCCAAGACUGGUCAUCGUUGGGUCACGACAGGUCACUGUCACCGUUGUCACCGGAGGUGGCGCCUUGGGGACAAAACCGGACAUUGCUGGCCCAAGAGCGGUCACCGUUGGGUCAAGACCGGACAUUGCUGGCCCAAGAGCGGUCACCGUUGGGUCAAGAAAGGUCAACGGCCAAAGGGACGUCACUGGAAAUGACCCCAAGGGGACAAGGCCGGACAUUGACCAAGGACCGGUCACCAUUGGGUCACAACCGGACAUUGGACCAAGACUGGUCACCAUUGGGUCAAGACCGGACAUCGUUGGGUCAAGACCGGUCACCAUUGAGUCAAGACCGGACAUUGACCCCAGACCGGUCACCGUUGACCCAAGAUUGGUCAUCAUUGACCCACGAUCGGUCACCAUUGGGUCAAGACCGGACAUUGACUCUGGACCGGUCAUCGUUGACCCAAGACCGGCCAUUGACUCUGGACCGGUCAUCGUUGACCCAAGACCGGUCGCCGUCGGAUCAAGACCGGCCAUUGAUGGCCCAAGACCAGACAUUGACCCCAGACCGGUCACCAUUGACCCAAGACUGGACAUUGGAUCAAGACCGGUCAUCCUUGAGCCAAAACCGGACAUUGACCCCAGACCGGUCACCAUUGACCCAAGACUCAACAUUGAUCCAAGACCGGUCACUCUUGGGUCAAGACUGGACAUCGUUGGGUCAAGACCGGUCACCGUUGACCCCAGACCGGACAUUGGACCAAGACCGGUCAUCGUUGUGCCAAGACCGGACAUUGACCCCAGACCGGUCAUCGUUGACCCCAGACCGGACAUCGUUGACCCAAGACUCAACAUUGAGCCAGGACCGGUCAUCGUUGACCCAAGACCAGAUAUUGACCCAAGACCGGACAUUGGACCAAGACCGGUCAUCGUUGUGCCAAACUCGGACAUUGACCCCAGACCGGUCAUCAUUGUGCCAAACUGGGACAUUGACCCCAGACCGGACAUUGACCCCGGACCGGUCAUCGUUGUGCCAAGACCGGACAUUGACCCCAGACCGGUCAUCGUUGACCCCAGACCGGACAUUGACCCCAGACCGGUCAUCGUUGACCCAAGACCGGACAUUGACCCAAGACUGGACAUUGACCCCAGACCGGUCAUCGUUGACCCCAGACUGGACAUUGACCCCAGACCGGUCAUCGUUGACCCCAGACCGGCCAUCGUUGACCCAAGAUCGGUCACCAUUGGGUCAAGACCGGUCAUUGCUAGGUCAAGACCGGACAUUGACCCCAGACCAGACAUUGACCCCAGACCAGUCAUCAUUGACCCAAGACCGGCCAUUGACCCAAGACCGGCCAUCGUUGACCCAAGAUCGGACAUUGACCCCAGACCGGUCAUCGUUGACCCAAGACUGGUCACCAUUGGGUCAAGACCAGCCAUCGUUGGGUCAAGACUGGACAUUGACCCCAGACCGGCCAUCAUUGACCCCAGACCGGACAUUGACCCCAGACCGGCCAUCGUUGGGUCACGCCAGGUCACCGUUGACCCCAGAGCGGUCACCUUUGGGUCAAGGCCGGACAUUGACCCCAGACCAGUCAGUGACCAAGGACCGGUCACCGUUGGGUCACGACCGGUCAUCGUUGACCUUGGACCAAUCAUCGUUGGGUCAAGGCCGGACAUUGACCCCAGACCGGUCACCUUUGACCCCAGCCCGGUCACCUUUGACCCCAGCCCGCCCCCUGCCCCCGGUGCCCCCCCGGACGUCGCAGUUGUCACCGGCGGUGUCACCGUGGGGACGAGGGACGGCGCCGCUGAGCCCGGCCAUGUCCCCAAGGCCACCCGAGAUGCCACCAGGGUCACCAGAACUGUCCCCAAAGCCAUCAGAGAUGCCACCAAGGCCACCAAGGCCACCAGAGGUGUCACCAGGGUCACCAGAACUGUCCCCAAAGCCAUCAGAGAUGCCACCGGGGUCACCAGAACUGUCCCCAAAGGCACCAGAGGUGUCACCAAGGCCACCAGAGGUGUCCCCAAAGCCACCAGAACUGUCCCCAAAGCCACCAGAGGUGUCACCAAAGCCACCCGAGAUGCCACCAAGGCCACCAAGGCCACCAGAACUGUCCCCAAGGCCACCAGAACUGUCCCCAAAGCCAUUGGAGAUGUCACCAAGGCCACCAGAACUGUCCCCAAAGGCCAUUAG